AUGCUUCUUUGUAUAAUGAUGUCAGAAAAUGCCAUCAGAGAUCUUAAUAUACUACCUAAAUCUAAAAAUCUUGAACCUAAAGAAACACCAAACAUGGUAAAUGGUGGGGUUGCUGAAGUAGAAUACGUUGAAUCUGAGAAAUUGGAUGAUUUUGAAGACGUUGACAAGAGUCUAAAGAUGCUCUUAACCGGUUUAGACUCAAAAGACUGGGUUUUACUCUGUGAAACACUCAAUAAUGUACGUCGUUUCUCCAUAUACCAUAAGGAAGCAAUAAAAGAUAUACUGGAAAGAGUGAUUACCCUAAUUGUAAAAUCCCUCAAGAAUCCAAGAAGUGCAGUUUGUAAAACCGGAAUCAUGACUUCCGCCGACAUUUUCAAAGCAUUUGGUAACCACAUUAUCGAAUUUUUAGACCCUUUGCUUGUACAACUUCUUUUAAAAUCCUCACAAGACAAGCGGUUUGUAUGUGAGGCUGCUGAAAAGGCAUUAAUAGCCCUCACAACAUUUGUUUCUGCUUUUCUACUUUUACCAAAACUACAACCUUAUCUUAAGAACCGAAACCCUCGGGUAAGGGCAAAAGCGUCAAUGUGCUUCUCGCGUAGUGUCCCACAACUGGGUGUGGAGGAAAUGAAAGCAUAUGGGAUGGAGAAACUGAUUGAAAUAGGGGUAUCACAAUUGAGUGAUCAGUUACCUGAGUCACGUGAGGCUGCACGUGCUCUCAUUUUGGAGUUGCAAACUGCAUAUGAAAAGUAUUAUGUUUUGGCAACAUGUGAAGAAGAACCACAAUAUUCUUGGGAACAAUUUUGUGAAUUAAAUCUGUCUAAUUAA